CGUUUCUAAAACGCGAAAAGCUCAAAAGCUGAAGUCUCCUGGCUUUUAGGAAAAGCCAGAAACCCAAACACAAGUCUUCUUCUCUCUUUUUCUGCUUUCUAUCGCAGCACUCAUCAAAUAAUUGACUUUUGCCUUCCCUCCUUCUCCUUCCUCCUCCUCCCAUGGCGGUUCUGAGCCGCGUUCUGAGACUGAGAGCGGCAGGACUAGACCGCUUCGUCGUCCGGAGCUUCCAGUCGUCGUCGUCGUCGUGGCGAAAUUCCGAAAUUGACCCCAAGGCGGCGGCGGUGCUUCCUUUACAGCGAGACGUCAAGGACAGAAAUGUCCAGUGGGUUUUCCUCGGCUGCCCCGGCGUCGGCAAAGGCACCUACGCCUCUAAACUGUCGACUCUCCUCGGCGUGCCGCACAUCGCCACCGGCGAUCUCGUCCGCGACGAGCUCUCCUCCAAAGGUCCUCUAGCUCACCAGCUUGAGGAGGUUGUGAAUCAAGGAAAGUUGGUUUCGGAUGAGAUUAUAAUAGACUUGCUGUCCAAGCGUCUUGAAGACAGCGCAGCUAAGGGUGAAACUGGCUUUAUUCUUGAUGGCUUCCCUCGCACGAUUCGGCAGGCGGAAAUUUUAGAGGGAGUAACAGAAAUCGACUUGGUAAUCAACCUAAAGCUUCGUGAAGAGGCUUUGCUUGCAAAGUGCCUUGGAAGAAGGAUUUGUAGCGAGUGUGGAGGAAACUACAAUGUUGCCACUAUUGACAUUAAAGCUGAGGAGGGGAACCCUAGCAUGUACAUGGCUCCACUUCUUCCGCCUUCACAUUGUGCAUCAAAGCUCAUCUCACGAUCUGAUGACACUGAAGAAGUUGUCAAGAGACGACUACAUAUUUAUAAUGAAAAGAGUCAACCUGUAGAGGAGUUCUACCGCAGUCGGGGAAAAUUGUUAGAGUUUGAUCUUCCCGGAGGGAUUCCGGAAUCCUGGCCAAAGCUGCUUCGAGCUUUAAACCUGGAAGAUCAUGACGAUAAACAAUCUGCUGCAGCAUGAUUUGUAAAUUCGGUACCAAUAUACAUUAAGUUGGUUUCCGUUAGGAAAAGUAAAGCUAGAUCAAUCAUUCUUUGCAUGUCAGGGAAGCUGGUGCAUUAAUUAUAAAUUUGAAAGGAAAAACUCCUAUAUGCAAUAAAAGCACAAAGAGGCCCAUUUCCUUUCGAGUUAUAUAAGUUGCUGUGGGUCUAGUUUGGGGAGGUAAGCAUUGUGAUGGUCAGUCAAGUUGUUGUUUGAACAAUUAUUCUUUUUAUGGGAAGCAAGUAUUCAUAGCAGUCCUAUUUUGCCAGUUUUUAUGAAUAUUGUUUGUGAAUUGUGAAGUGUGAAGUGUGAAGUCUGUUCAAGAGAUCCGCCACCUUUCAAUGGAGGUGAGCUUGAAGUUUACCUGCUGCAUGCUUUCGCAGAGUUGACAUGAAAAUG